GGGGAGCCGAGAGUUAGACGAAGAGCUUUCGCCAAUAUCACAUCGCCAUUUAGUCGUUAGAUAACCAUUGUAGUUGUCAGUUUAGGAUAGUCUUGCAAUUUGAACGCUUUUAUUAAAUAUAUGCUAAAUAUUGGCCUCCUAACGGAUACUUUUCAUAAAAGCAUAGUUGUCCCUCCCCUAAAUCGUAGUAAAGUAACGUUAUCCGUGUCUCUUGAUUGACGGGUCCAUAUUUCUUUUCCUGAAAGAACGGUAAAAAAACAUUUUUUUUUAAAUAAAGCCCUGUGAAACUGAAGAACGGUCAGCGAAAAAUAACAGAGGUGGAAGAAAUUGAAAUAUCAAGAAAGAUUGUUGGGAACAUCCGAGGGACAAGUGUGAAAACAAGAAAUUACUGAAAAAGAGACAAGAGUUGUGUAAUUUGCAUAUUUCUUUAGACGUCCUUUUUUUGUCAGAAUUGUUUUUGUUGACUUAGGGACUUGAACAAGUGACGCCAUGACGACGGAGAUGCAGGAGAUCGCCAUCACAGAGGAAAAACCUUUACUUCCUGGUCAGCCCGAUCCUACAAAGGAUGUUGAGGCUGCAGCUCGGAUACUGUUGGACCAGGGCCAGGAACACAGUAUUGAGACUCCACAUGGUCUCCUCCACGUGACUCUCCAUGGAACCUCCAACACACGCCGUCCCGCCAUCCUCACCUUCCACGACGUGGGCCUGGACAGUAAAAGCUGCUUCUCUCCUCUGUUUAAGUUUGAGGAGAUGCAGGAGAUAGUGAAGAACUUUACCCUUGUCCACAUCGAUGCUCCUGGCCAAGAGGAGGGGGCCACCGCCUAUCCUAUGGGAUACCAAUAUCCGUCCAUGGAGCAAAUUGCAGAGAUGAUCCCUGCUGUCCUGACGUAUUUCAAUUUCCGUACUGUCAUCGGAAUUGGAGUGGGAUCUGGUUCCUACAUUCUCUCCAGGUUCACAAUGGCCCAUCCAGACUCAGUUGAAGGUCUGGUUCUCAUCAACAUGGACCCUGAGACCAGAGGGUGGAUGGACUGGGCGGCCCAGAAGAUCACUACCCUGACCUCCUCCCUCACAGAGCAGAUCCUGAGUCAUCUCUUCAGCCAGGAGGAGAUGUCAGCGAAUGCAGACCUGGUGAGGUCACACAGAGAUCGCAUCUCUAAAGCCCCCAACCUCAUCAACAUUGAGCUGUUCUGGAGAAGCUACAACAGCCGCAGGGAUCUGAUCAUUGACCGUAACAGCAACUUCAAGUGUCCCGUGAUGCUGGUGGUUGGGGAUCAGGCACCUCAUGAGGAGGCUGCUGUGGAGUGCAACAGCAAACUGGACCCAACAACAACCUCAUUCCUCAAGAUGGCCGAUGCUGGUGGUCUUCCCCAACUCACCCAGCCCAGCAAACUGACUGAGGCGUUCAAGUACUUCAUCCAGGGGAUGGGCUACAUGGCAUCGUCCAUUAUGACCCGUCUGUCUCGUUCGCGCACCGCCUCACUGUCUUCCUCCUACUCCAUGGACGGGGAGCGUCAGCGUUCUCGUACCCUGUCUCAGAGCUCUCAGGGCGGGCAGAUGCCCCCCAGCCCCUCCCAUACCAUGGAGGUGUCCUGCUGAAGAGAGAGAGAGAGAGAGAGAGAGAUGGAAGGAAGGAGAGCUAGAGGGAUGGA